UCGUGGAGCCCGGCUGCAAACUGGGCAGCCGAGAUGGCGGCGCCGCAACCGUGCGCGGACGGCUCCUGUUGUUCGCACCCUGGUGCGGUGCCCGGGGUACAGCAGACGCUGGAGGAGAUGGACUUUGAGAGGGGUGAGAAGGGUGAGGCGGCCGUGUGGCUGGAGGCAGGCAGUUCCCAGUCCCAGCCCCCGGAACGUGAACCAAAGGAGGCCGCGAACCGAGUUUGGAGCUUCCGGGCCUGGUGCAGGAAGGCUGGCCGCAGAGCUUGGCAGGAAGCCCUUCGGUCGCAUCGAUUCGAGUGCGGACGGCACUAUGCUAGUCGCAAUGGGCACUAUGCUGUUUGCCAAUUUCUGCUGGAAAGUGGAGCAAAGUGUGACGCCCAGACCCACGGGGGUGCCACAGCCUUGCACCGGGCCAGCUACUGUGGGCACACGGAAAUUGCACGACUGCUGCUUUCCCAUGGGUCCAACCCUCGGCUGGUUGAUGAUGACGGCAUGACCAGCCUACAUAAGGCUGCAGAGAAGGGUCAUGAGGACAUCUGCUCCCUCCUGUUACAACACAGCCCAGCCCUGAAGGCUGUCCGGGAUCGCAAAGCACGCCUAGCAUGUGACCUGCUGCCCUGCAACAGUGGCCUGAGGGACCUGCUGGCCAGCUGAG